AUGGCCGACACUCCCUCAUCCACACCUGCAACAGCUGCUGCAGCAACCGUCGAUGCCGACAAGGUCGCGCUGACUCUACUCCUCGUCUCUGGUUCACGCACAACGUUCACCUUCCAGCCCACAGACACCAUUGAGGUCGUCAAGAGCAAAGUCUUUGAGAGCUGGCCCAAGGAGUGGCAGGAGGAGAAGCCUGCGUCACCCCAGAGUCUAAAGAUCCUCUACUUGGGCAAGUUCCUCGCCGACAGCUCCACACUCGAAUCCAACAAAAUCCAGUCCGGCGCAACGACAAUAGUCCACCUGACGAUCAAAGCACCGGAGCAGGAGCUGCCUGGACACUCUAAAUCGGACUCGGCAGCCAAGUGCAAGUUCUGUCUCAUUCUCUGA